AUCAGCCACUUAUCAUGGCCGGUCUACUCUGGGCUGACCCAGCCGGCGAGUACGCGCCGCUGGACCCCUCUUCACCCAACGCUCGACCGCGCCCAGAGCGAGCAUCAAGCAUCUGGCCGCUGCGUCUCGCCACCGUGGUCGCACUCACGCUCUGCAGCGCGACCUUUGCGCCAGCUGCAGCGGGCCGGAUCCUGCUUGCCGUGAAGUUAAUGCGGCAGUCGCCGCCGCCACCACCUCCAAAUCCUCCUCCGCCUCCACCUCCUCCGCCGCCGCCGCCGCGCCUGCGCCCGCCGCCGCCGCCGCCGCCGCCGCCGCCGCCACCAUCGCCGCGCCUGCGACCUCCGCAAAUCGAGACUGCGCCCUUCGCUUUUGUCCUAAACGAGUCGCGGGCGUGGGUGGAGCAGCACGUCCCCUAUUUCCACAGCUCUGACGAGGACCUCAACACCGCCUACUGGUACCGCUGGCGCGUCUUCCACCUACACCUCGCUCGCGCGCCGAAGAGCCAGCGCACACCCGGCUGCGACCCAAAGGGCUGCCACGUCAUCACCGAGUUCCUCAAGAAGGUUCCGUGGAGCGGGCCCGCCAACACCAUCGUCUGCCCGGCUGGACACCACUUUGCGGAGGCUCGCUGGGUCAAGGACGGCCGGUACGCGGGCGACUACGCGCGCUUCUGGCUGCGCGGCGCCGGCUGGAGGAAGCAGUACACCUUUUGGCUGGCUCACCCCUGCAGGCACUCGCUGCUCGUCGAUGCGCGGCCUGGGGCGGCCGGCUCGCUAGCGCACGAGCUGCUGCCCGCACUCGAGGCAAACUACCGCGACUGGAGCUGCCACGCCGACGGGCAAGAGAACUCGGCGACGCUCGACGGCGUGCCGCCCCCACCGUCGACGCGGUCAGACCUCUCCUUCUUCACCACCCUCGCGCAGCCGCCGCCCAAAUCGCUGCACGCCGAGAUCACGUGGUACCGCAGGAAAGACUCGCCGACCAAGGGCAACAGCCAGUCCGUGCAGACCUACUUCGGCUGCCUCGCCUGCCCGCGGGGACGCGCCUGCCCGCCGGAGCGAGGGUGGCCGGUCGGCAAGCUGGUCCCGGUCCGCGAGCUGUCGGCACUCACUUCGCCGUGGUACUUCGGCGCGGUCCCCGCCGCCCCAGCCGGCCGGUCGCGCAAGUUCGCCACCGCCUGGGCGCAGCUGCACGACGCGAAGGGCUUCGCCUCCCCGUGGGGUCCGAGGACGACCGAGCGGCGCUCGCAAUGCUACAACUUCUCCAACGCCGCACAGUGCAACUGGAACGGCCCCGUGUGGCCGUUUGAGGUGUCCAAGGCCGCCACCGCGCUCGCGGAGCUGCUGCAGACUCACCCGCCGCAGCCCCACGCCGGCAUCGCCGCAUGGGAGGCGCUGAUGCUGACCUACGCACGCGCGCACACCCGCGCGCGUGCCGAGGGGAGGGCGCCUCCGCACGUGGACGAGGACUUGCACCCCGAGGACGGCUACUGGAUCACGAGGCGCAAGCUGCACGGCGUGCGGCCUUGGGCGGGCGCGGGCGGGCUUGGAGCCUCCAACGGGCGCGACUGGCUCGCGAAGCGUGGCGACCACUACUUCCACUCCUCCUUCACCGACCUCGUGCUCGGAGGCGUCGCGGGCCUCCGCGCAGGGGCCGAGUUCGUCGAGGUGCGUCCGCUCACGACGCUGCGCCACUGGGCCGUCACGGGCGCUCGUGUCAAGGGCUUCGCGCUCGACGUGGUCUGGGACGCCGACGGCUCUCGGUACGGGCUCGGGGCGGGGCUCCACGUCUGGGCGGACCACGCACACCUCCUCUCCACGCCGCCGGUGACCGUCGACGCCGGCUCGCCGUCUGGGGGCGUGCGCGGCAGGGCGGCCGACAUGCGGGCUGUGCCCGCGCGCGUGCGCCGCAGCGGCCAGCGCGCGUUCUUUUUUUUCUCAACUUAA